CAAUGGUGUACAUACGGUGAUAUUUCUAGAGGUGAUCAAAUCACCCUCACCAAUGUCAGUUUUAUUUUCCCAUCACUAUUGCAGGCCAGGUUGAUGUCUACAAGAGGCAAAAAUGCCUUUGCCCAGAGGCAAGUCCUGGCACCAUGUCUCCUCUGGCUGCUAGAGUUCUUGCUUCUCUCUCUCUCUCUCUCUCUCUCUCUCUCUCUCUCUCUCUCUCCCUUGUGAAUGUCACUGUUUCUUUAGCAAACUUUAGCUUAGCUCAAAUACCAACUUAUCACAGAAAGUUUUCUUGGCUUUCCUGGCUUGUCUGAAAAGGGAGUCCCUGUUGUCUGCUCUUAAGCAAACAUAUUUCAGUUUUGAUCUUGUAUUUACUGAUUUGUUAUUAAAAUUCAUCUCAUCUACUCAUCUCCAUGCCAUAUGAGGUCGGAGAUAGUAUUUAGGUCCAAAUGCAGUUGCUUAGAAGGCAACUGACAGACACAUAACAUAUGUUUAAUGAAGCAAUAUCAGUAGCCUGCCCACUGUGACAUAUAUCCUCACCUUAGCUUCUGCGAACAACCCCAAUAAACUCACGGGGUCACAGGUCCGAGCUUAGAUAGACUCAUUUGCUGGGUCUGUUAUUGUCUAUCUACUUAUGCUUCCAGAGUAAAUAGAAAUAGUUAACCCAGGAAGAGCCAUGCAACACUCUUCAUAUCUGAGAAGACUGGGAAUCAGCUGGAAGGGGACACAAACUUACUCACUUGCCGCCAUGGAGAGGCAGUGGUGUUAGUUCCUUGGGAACCUAGAGGAGCCACUCUCCUAGAAGACAGACAGACAGACACAGGAGCAUAGUAUGCUCUCGUGCAUUCUCUUUCUCUCCCAGGUACAAGAAGUAGGUACAAACCCUGUGCUCAUCUGCCAGACCAGCCAUCUAGGUUGUUUACUUAAGCUCUUUGAGUCUGGCUCCCUAUCGGCCCGUUGCCUGGGAGGUUGUGGGUGUUAACUGGCACCAGCAUAACUUGGCACAAUGUGAUGAACAAUGCUGGUGUCCAGUUCUGACUCUGGGACUAAAUGAGAACCUGCAGGAUGGAGAAGCUAUUUUAGCUAAGACGUCGACAGCGUCUUUUUGUAGACCAUUUGAAGUUUUCUAGGGCCAGCUUGUUUAUUUCAUCCUUAAUGAGAAGUACCCAUGACUAGUGACAGGGUGGAGUAUUCAGACGGUUUUGUUUAGGAGUUAGAAAUGGAAUCAAUAUAUCUUCAGAAGUGCCUGGGGACAUGCCUAACUCAAGGUCUCGCAGAAGUGGCAAGAGUUCGCCCAGUGGAUCCAAUCGAAUAUUUAGCCUUGUGGAUUUCUAAGUACAAGGACAUUGUGACCAUGGAGCAGCUGAGACAGAAAGAGAUGAUUGAUUUGGAGCAUGAGCGACAAUUAGCACAGAUGGAGCAGGAAAUGAUGGAGCGACUCAAAGCCGAGGAACUCUUGUUUCAGCAGCAGCAGCUGGCAAUCCAAUUGGAGCUGGAAAUGCAAGAAAAAGAGAAAAAGAAGGCAGAAGAACUCCAGCGAGCUCAAGCAUUAAGUAAGGAGAUGAGUACGGAAAGCCUAGCUAGGGGUGAGGAGGCUAUCCCGUCCGAGGAAUUAAUGAUGGACUCGGGCAAAACCCUUGCUGAAAUAAGUGAUCGGUACGGGGCUCCUAACUUGAGCAGAGUGGAGGAACUUGAUGAACCCAUGUUAUCUGAUGUUGCAUUAAACAUUGAUCAAGAUUUGUAAGAUCAAUCAACUGUGAAGAAAUACUGUCUACCUGUUUCAGACUUCAAAUCACAAGGGCCCUUAUAUGUAAUUUACCCCCUCCAAACUUGAACUUUACUCUCCUCCACCACCAAAUAACUUUGUAAAUGGGACUCAACGGUAUCCUUAAAACAGAGUUUUCUCAGUA